AUGUCUCGAUAUAUCCCAAUAAAUGCUCAAGACGCUUUAGAUAAGCUAAAGGCCAAAAAAAAACAGAUCAGUAUUGGCUUGGCUACAAUUGCUGCUUUGUUGAUAUUGUUUUUUGUUUUUUUUACUAAAUCAUCAGAAAUCCCAGAAUGUCAAGAUUGCAAGAGUUAUGGACCAUUGAAACCAGCUUAUAAAGGUUCUUUAGAUUUAAUUUUCGAAAAUAAAGAUUACCAAUUGUCUGUUAUCGAAAAACUAGCAGGUGCCAUUAGAAUUCCCACCCAAAUAUAUGACGAAACACCACCACCAGACUUAUCCAUUCCAUUGAAAGACGAUCCAAACUAUAAAAAUUUUAGUUUACUUCACACUUAUUUGGAGUCGACUUUCCCGCUGGUCUAUUCUAAAUUUAUUGUAGAAAAAAUUAACGGUGCCGGAUUAUUGUUGACUUGGCAUCCAAAACAUAUCCCAAAGGACUCUAAGCCAUUUUUAUUGAUGGCACACCAAGACGUUGUCCCAUUUGAUCCAAGCACUGUGUCCAGAUGGACGUACCCUCCAUUUUCCGGUCAUUACGACAAGAAAACCGACACUUUAUAUGGCAGAGGAUCUACAGAUACUAAAAAAUUGUUGAUUUCUCAUUUGGAAGCUUUGGAAUUAUUGAUUGCUGCUAAUUGGGAGCCCAGUAAAAGGCCUAUUUUGUUAUCGUAUGGUUUCGAUGAGGAAAGAGGCGGUAUUGAUGGCGCAAGUGCAAUUGCCAAGUUCAUUUUGGAAAGAUAUGGCCCAGAUAGCAUAUACGGCUUGAUCGAUGAAGGUGGCGAAACUGGGUAUUUGGGCGAUAAUGGUUUUAUUGGUAGCCCAGUUACUGCCGAAAAGGGCUAUUUAGAUGCUAUUAUUACAUUAAACACAAAGGGUGGACAUUCCUCGAUUCCUCCGGACCACACUUCCAUUGGCAUCAUUAGUGAGUUAAAUUAUUUGCUAGAAAAAAAUCCGUAUGACCCAUCCAUAGCUGUUAAUAAUCCAGCCUUGGAAGCCGUCCAAUGCCGCGCUUUAUACGAUAAAUCUUUCUUUGGUGAUGUUACUAAAGGUUUUAAAUCUGGUAGAUUGGGCAAACUAACUAACGCUGUUAACAAUCACUUGGGUUACAGAUACUUUUUCAGAACUUCCCAAGCUAUUGAUAUUAUUAAAGGUGGUGUUAAGGCUAACGCUUUGCCUGAACAAGUUACCGUAUUGGUUAAUAAUAGAAUUAAUAUCAACUCGAGUGUCAACGAGACUUUAGAUCAUAUUUUGGACUUGGUCAGUGAGGUAGCCGAUAAAUAUGAUCUAAGUAUUAAACUAGAAAGAUCAAGUAAUGCCAGCGAGCUCAAGAGCGGUAAAAACGGUGAAUUUGUUGUUGUUGUCAGGGGUGAACUGGAGCCGGCUCCAAUUUCGCCCACUGCCGGCGACGAAAUGUGGGAGAUUAUAGCUGGUACAAUUGUUAACACUUAUAGCAGUUCAUUUUUUGGUAACAACACUGAAGUCUACGUUGCACCAUCCUUAACAACGGGUAACACUGAUACUAAGUACUUUUGGGAUUUAACCAAACGUAUUUACAGAUUUUCUGGCUCUUUACAUGUAAAUGGUUCUAAUGCUCACACAGUUGACGAAAAAACAACUGGCAAGUCUAUCAUUUCUUGUUUGGCGUUUGUCUACCAAAUUAUUGGUAAUAUCGAUAAAUAUACUUGA